AUGCCGAAACGAAUUCACAACAAAUUUAACAACUCGAAGAGAAUUCGAUCGUCAAAUACAUCAACAACAGACAAUGAAUGUGAAAGGAAUAUUACUGAUGUAACAAAUAUAUCUUUACAAUCAAAUGAUGAAGAUUUUCUUGAUAAUAAUAUAAAAAUGACUCUGAACAAAAGAAAAAAACAUCUGGAAAAUUUUUAUGAUCGUACAAAAACAGCACCAGGUACAUUUGAUGGUGAAGACAGCAUCUUCAAUGAUCUCAUCGAGACUUCAACUGUCGCAUCGACCAAGAGAAAUGUAUCAAUCAACGCCAAUCUAUGUCAAACUGCUCAAUCAGAUUCAUCUGUUGAAGAUGGUUUUCUAUCAGCAACUCGUACAUUAGCACCUGCUUCUCGUGAUCCACACUUGCUUUCAUCAUCAUUAGCUGAUAAUAUUAAUAUAAAAAAAUUUCAUCUAAAGAAGAGAAUUAAAGAAGAUAUUCAAAAUUUUCUUGCAUCUAUUUAUAGUAGUAGUUUUUCAUCAGAAACAAAUAUUGAUAAAAAAAAAACACAGUAUGUUUCGAAGAGCACUAUUACAUUUAAUACACCUUCUAUUAGCAACAAUCGUAUGGAUAUUAUUGGAAGUCAAAAUACAAAUAGUUUUAAUAUCAAUCGAUCUAUUAUCCGGUUGCCCAAUGUAACAAGUCAAGCUCGUGCAAAUCGACCAUCAACAAAUAUCGUUGGUGAAAUGCGUACAAUUGAUGUUUUACAUUCAAUUGAAUAUCGUGAACAAGAAGAGAAGAACAAAAAAUUAUUAACAAAUAAAUAUGUUGGUUUAAUUGUUGGCAUUAUACAACUAAAGGCAACCAGUGACAUUAAAUUUAUUAUUGAUACAGUACAAGUUACUGGUUAUGGCUCAUUUUCACUUAAUGGAACAGAAUAUAAAAAUUAUUUAUUUAUUUAUACAAUGAUGCCAGCAUCAUCACAUACUGUUUCUAUCAGUUAUACCUCGAUCAGAGAGAAAGUUGUCUAUCGAAAAGACACAAAUAUAAAUUCAUUUUGUGAAUUUUAUUACUUUCCAAAUCUGUUAGAAUUCACAUAA